AUGUUCGACGUGUUUCCCAAGCUGCUCUCUUCGAUCGCUUCCUUCCUCUUCCCACUCUUCGCCUCCUACAAAGCUCUGAAGACGUCGGAUCCCGCCCAGCUAACACCAUGGCUGAUGUACUGGUCCGUCCUCUCGUGCGCCCUGCUCAUUGAGUCCUGGUUCGAGUUCAUCCUUGUCUGGAUACCCUUCUAUGCCUACCUGCGCCUCCUGUUCCUCCUCUAUCUCGUACUCCCCCAGACCCAGGGUGCCCGACACCUGUACGAGACCUACCUGCACCCGUACCUCGAGGACAACGAGACGCAGAUCGAGGACUUCAUCGCCAGCGCCCACGAUAGGCUCAAGGCUGCUGGCAUGGCAUACCUCAAACAGGCCAUCGAGAUGCUCAAGACGAGAGUUCUCGGGAUGCCGCCCACGAGGGACAACGGAGCCAACGAUGUACGCGCCAAGGAGGCGCCGCAGAGCUACACCCAGGGACUGCUUGCUAGGUUCAGCAUGCCCCAGGCGUCGAGGUGGGGCAAUGUCGGAGGGUCCGCGGGAAGUGCGGGUCAGGACUUUUAUAACCUGUUGGCAGGCGCUGUGAGCGCCGCAACUGGUGCCGGGGCGCUGGGUUCAGCCGGUUCGGGCGCAUACGGCGGUGGGCCGAAGAGGGACGUCGACAUGUCGGCGAGCGGGACUCUCAUACCGGACAAUAUCCGUGGCACCGGUGAGAAGAUCAGCUUCAUUGCUAACCAGAGAGAGAAGCUUUCUUUCCUCCUUACCGCACUCGACAAGGAGGCCAAGGAGCUGCAAACAUCUGAAGAAGAGCGUGAGGCUGGUGACACAACAAGCCGCGAGCAAAGACCCACGAGCUUUAGUCUGGAUGGAGGUGAGGGCCCUUCGACUACUUCAGCAGGCACAUCCAGGCCUCCCAGCGGACAGAGUAUGUGGAGCGGCUUGAGUAAGAGCCGAAGUGAAGUCGAUUUCGAAAAGAUUGACGCCGAGAGUGGAGCCGAAGAAGACACCAAUGACGGUUCGAGGCAGAGGAGGCCACAGGCUGAGCGAGCGCCCAGUAGCAGUAAGGCGCCCUGGAACUUCCUGGGCUGGGGUACCGUGAGUACAGGCACGCCGACACAGCCAGAAGAGUUGGAGGAGUAG